AUGGCCGACGUCGAGGUCGCGGCAGCGCUCACGGCGCUCUCGAUUUCGUUCGAGAAACACGAGCACCGUGAGCUCCCGAUGACAGCAGACGUGGUCGACACCCUGUCGCAUCUCCCCGGUCUCUCGACCAAGAACUUGGUGUUCAAGGACAAAAAAGAGGGGCUUUUCCUCGUGACAGUGGCGUGUCACACUGUCGUUGACACCAAGAGACUCGGCGCGCAGCUCCAUGCUGCGGGCAUUGGCGGCCAGAAAUGGAACCUGCGCUUUGCGUCCGAAGACGUGCUCAAGGAGUCGCUAAACGUGACGAGAGGCUCCGUCUCGCCUUUGUGCGUCAUGCACGACGUGCACAACGUGGUUCGUCUCGUGCUGGACAAGGCGCUCGUGGAGACGGUGCAGGUCCAUUGCCACCCAUUACGGAACGAUCAGACGUACAGUCUCAAGCCUGAAGAGCUGCUGGCAUUCGUCCAGCAUUAUGGCCACGAGCCAAUCAUCGUGGACUUUGCGGCUCGACUUGACGACGCUGGCACUGCGUCAUCAAGUUUGGCAGGGAAAUCGACUGUGAAGGGCAAAGUGGCAGCGACAAAGAAAAAGGCCGUGGAACAAAAAACGAACGAAGGCAUGUCAGUGACAAAAAACGACCAGUUUGCUGAGUGGUACACGGACGCAAUUACAAAGUCGGGACUGAUUGAUUAUUACGAUGUCUCGGGCUGCUACAUCCUGCGUCCGUACUCGUAUGAGAUCUGGGAACGCGUCCAGGGGUUUCUGGACCGUCAUAUUAAAGCCAUUGGCGUCAAGAAUUGCUACUUUCCCAUGUUUGUGACGAAAGAGAAGCUCCAGCGGGAGAAAGAUCACUUGGAAGGGUUUGCUCCUGAAGUCGCGUGGGUGACCAAGUCUGGGAGCUCGGAGAUGAAGGAUCCCAUUGCCAUUCGUCCUACGAGUGAGACCAUCAUGUACCCGGCGUUUAAGAACUGGAUCCGUAGCCAUCGUGACUUGCCAAUGAAGCUCAACCAGUGGAACAAUGUCGUCCGUUGGGAGUUCAAGAACCCCACGCCAUUUAUUCGUACGCGGGAGUUUCUGUGGCAAGAGGGCCAUACAGCACACGCUACGAAGGAGGAAGCUGACGACGAGGUGCGUGCUGUGCUGGAUUUCUACGCUGCCUGUUACGAAGAGUUGCUGGCUGUACCGAUGGUAAAGGGUGUCAAGACUGAGAAGGAAAAGUUUGCUGGUGCCGACUAUACGACGACAAUUGAAGGCUUUAUCCCUGCAACUGGUCGUGGGAUUCAAGCAGCUACGUCGCACAUGCUUGGCCAGAACUUUGGCAAGAUGUUUGGCAUUGCUGCUGAGUACGAAGACGGGAAGAAGCUGAUUCCGUGGCAGAACUCGUGGGGGUUUACCACGCGAUCACUGGGUGUCAUGAUUAUGGUACACGGCGACGAUAAGGGUCUUGUGCUUCCGCCUCGUGUUGCACCAACUCAGGUCGUAGUCGUACCUAUUCCGUAUCAAAAUCAGGACGAGAUCGAUGAGAUUUUUGAGAAAGCCGACGAGAUUGUGGCGAAUUUGUCCGGUGCAGGCGUCCGAGUCGAAGCGGACAAGCGUCGUGUGUACACUCCUGGUUGGAAGUAUAACUAUUGGGAACUCAAAGGUGUACCACUUCGUGUCGAGGUGGGUCCAAAGGAUAUCGCCAAGAAACAGGUACGUGUGGUACGUCGGGACAACGGGGUCAAGGAGGAUAUUUUGGAGGUUGAGCUGGCGACCCGCAUUCCAGCUCUCCUUGAGCAGGUUCAGAAGGGUAUGCUUGAGCGUGCUACUGCCGAGCGUGAUAGUCACAUCCGUGAGGUGGUGGACUGGAAGGAGUUUGUGCCUGCGCUUCAGGAUGGCUGUAUGGUGCUGACUCCGUUCUGUGACGAGGUGGAGUGGGAGGAGAUUGUCAAGACCAAGUCCCGUGAGGAGUCGCUGGCUCUCAUGGGAAUGGAGGAAGAGGCCGAUAACACGGCGACUAGUGCUGCUGCGAAGACGCUGUGCAUUCCGUUCAAGAAGAACGAGGAGAGCCCUGUCACUGCUGACACCAAGUGCUUUAUUAGCGGCAAGCCAGCCAAGUGCUGGGUGCUUUGGGGUCGCAGUUACUAG